AUCUCAUGCGGCGUAGUGCCUGCAGCAAAUGCGCGGCGGUGUAACGUGGGUAGCGACUGUCUGCGGCAAGGUCACGUCACGCUCGUCGUUAGACCGCAGACAAUGAACGCCUCAAGCCAGCGGUGAACUGAUUCAAUCUCGUGCCAAGUCAGAGUGGUCGAGUGAACGGGACGUGUAGCCUGCGCGCAAGCGUCGUUGCAGCCCAAUGACGAGGCGUGCAAGAACGGGCCGGCGCAGCGACCUUCGAGCCAGCGGACACCUUGUUGCUAACCGGUAAGCGAUGUGGCUAGUGAUGCGGAACCGGCUUCUGUGGAGGGAUGUCUCGCGGACUAAGCUGUUAUGCGCGUUACGGACGGCUUGUGCAACAACUGGCUGUCGAGUCGGACAAUUGCUGCGAAAGCGAAUCGAAAUAGUCCGCGAAAAUCAGUGGCUCGGUCUGCGGCUGAUUUUCUGUUUCGAGGCCCGCCAAGCCUCUUUCCGCCCAACCCCUCUUCUAUCCGAGGAGGUCAGCGACACCCGAAAGCCAGUCGCAACUGACAACAAUGAUGGGAGUGUGAGUCGGUUGGGGAGCAAUGCUGGUAAGGCUUCAGCAACGCCAGCGACUCUACGGCGGAGCGCUGCAACCGCGAGAUCAGCCGUAUCGUUGGACUCCCGAGCGAAUCACGGCGACAAAUCUUUACGUGAAGGCGCUCAUUCGUCAAUCACAUCACCUCAUUCUUUUAGAUUAGAUUAUACGCCCUUACUCACUCUACCCACUGUAGUUACUACUGCGCACAGUACCACCCACGUGGGAUAAACAUGCCAUCGACGUUCCACCCCCUGUUCAAGACUUAUUUCCAUCCUCAUGCGGGCAGCAAGCAUGACCGCCCAGCUCCGUCGUUGCGCCACUCCAUGAUGCUGGAUGAUCCAGCUAGCUGCAGCUCAUGCGCUGGCAGGGCAUCGCAGCGCCGCAAAAGCACAUCACCAUGAUGGCGUGCGUGGGAUGUGCGUCUAUCGCGUCUGUUACAGAUGUGGUUGCCAGCCUUACUUUA